AUGAAUGAUACAGAGGAACACACGUCGGCAAAUUUAUACACCGGUAUCUUAUCUCCACCAACCAAUCCUAUAUCAAAUUCAUAUGCCAAUACCACAACAGACUUAUAUGGAGAUUUGAAUGAUGAAUCGUUUUCAAUUCCAGAAGUAUUCGAUGAUUUUAGUGGUGAAGAUAUUUUAAGGAUGAAUCCUAAUUAUAAACGAUCAAUGCACAGUGAACCACAAUUGUCAACAUCUCAAUAUUCUUAUUCAGCAAGUAACAAGGAAAAUAUUCCCCAUGGAAUUCAGAACAACCCUGAUCAUCAGAAUUUAAAAUCAAAAUCAUCAAUUUUAAAACCAAAACAAAUAAAAUUCAGUUCAAUACCAAAAUUGAAUCAGAAUACAAAAUUUAAUAGUCCAAUUCAUCAAAGUACACCCAACGUUAAAAAGUUAUACGAAUCAAAUCAAGCCGUAAAUGUAAAUAUAGAUCCAUUUAAUGAUCCAAAUAAUGAACCAUAUAUUACUAUAAAAAAAUCAGAUUAUUUGAGAACUCUACAGCAAAAUCAACAAUAUAAACAAGAAUUUCAGAAUAAGGAAAAUGCAAUCAAUACUCAAUUUUUAACACAAUUAACUCCAAUUCAAAAUCAAUUAAAUGAUUUGAAAAUUAAUGAUGUAAAUAUAUCGAACAAAGUGGAAAAGAAUAAAAUUGAAAGUGACAAAGUGUUCGAAGUGUAUGAAUUGAGUCAGCUGAAUCGAUAUGAAUUUAUUAAUGGAGAAAUAAGUUCCAUCAAAAACAAAUUGAAUAAAUUAACUAAAUUUAUAAAUGAAUCCAACUUUAGAGCAUCUGGAGGAGAAAUAUCCUAUUUGAAUAAUAAACAAGAUACGGAAGUCUCCUUAAUUGAUUUAGAUCCCACAACAACGACCGAUGUGCAUUCAUCUUCCGCUAAAGCCUCAUCAAAGAAAUCUUCAAGCAAUGAAUCAGACGGAAGUAGUCAUAAUUCGAAUAAGCCUUCUAAUUCAGAACAGAAUGGAACCCAAACUUUGAAAAAUGACGAGUUUACAGGUUGUGAUAUUGGUACGCUUGAAGAAUUAGUCCAAAAUAAACAAUCAAGUACUUUGAAUAACAGUGGUACUGAGGUUGAUGGAAAUGCAAAUGCACACGUAAAUGCACAAAAUUCUCCUGUCAACAAGACUACCACUCUGAAUGUUUCGGAUCCAAAAUAUAAACCACCAAAAAAAUGCGUUUGUGGAGCUAACGAAGACUUUAAAACCCAGAGUUUAGACUCUUCGAGUAAUUUUUAUGCCACUUGUACCGAAAAUACAAAACCAGCAAGUGUUGCUUCUGAUACUAAGCCUGUACAUACUGGACAAAAACAACAAAAUCAUGAUUCUAAUGCACAAAAUGAAAAUGAUCAAACCAAUCUUGAAAAUAAUACAAGUGAUACAACUAUAUCAGAUGAUAAUCCUAAUAUAAUAAUAAAUCAAGAAGUUCAACAAACAAAUAAAUUUCCAAAUUUUGAAACAAUGAAAUAUAAUUAUCCAUUACCAAUAAUGAAAAAAGAUGAAGAAAAUUUAAAAAAAAUAUUAAAUUUAUCAAAUCAAGAUUUACAAUUUAUUGCAAAACAUUUAAUUUCUUCAUUAUUUAUAUCAAUUGAUGAUUUUAUUUUAGAAAUUUUUAGAAUUGGAAAAUAUAUCACAAUAUCUUCAAAUUUUUUAAAAAAAUUACAUUCAAUAUUAAAACAAAAUCAAAAACAAUUAAGUGUUGGUAAAUGUUUAAAAGGUCAAAUUAUGAAUAAUAAAGGAGAAAUAGAUAAUGAUUUGGAUGAAUUAAAUAAAUGUCUUGAUUCUAUGAUUGUUGAUGUUAGUAAAUUAGUUGAUUUAAAAAGUCGAAUUGUUGAAAAGAAAGGUAAAAAAGUUAGAAUUGAUUAA